UGCUGCUUCUGCUCGUCCUCGAAUGGCGAUGGUGAUUGCUGCCGCCGCCGCCACCCUGGUCGUUGCUGUACAUUCCACCACCACUAUCUCCCCUACCGCCGCCGCCGCCGCCGCCGCCGCCGCCGCUAUCUGUGAGGGGGCUUUUAUCCCAACCGCCGGCGGCGAUGCCGCCGCUACCAACACCUCGCUUCGGCGUCGAUGCGAUACUCCGGACGACUUUUGUCUUCCUCCGAACCUGAGACGAUUACAACAACACAGUUAAGGGUGUCAAUCGGGCAGAUUAUGGAGCCAAAAAUGUAAUUGGUCUAUUCAGCGAUUUUGGGGGGGGGCACACGGAUUGGGUUUUUUUUCGGCUCUUGAGAGUGCCCGCCUAUUAUACUGAUUAAAAAAUACAUCAUUCAGUUUGUUUGUGCAGGUAGUUCUGCGCCCAGGCAGCAGCGUGGCUCUUCAUACGUUACACACACCUGGACACAGGUCCAAUAGAGGCGACUGCAAGCUCAGUUUUCUCUUAAGUUAAAGGGCUGACGAACAACACCAAUAAACAUGUUUUUUUUAGCUCUUUGCUCCACGCCCAAGGCGACCUUUGCUCCUCUCGAAAAAGCGAGCUUACAGCCCUCUACCUUGGGUUUACAGCUAUACCACACAACAAACCGCAUCCAAAUCGCAUCAGCCAACCACGAGAUCUACAUGUCUGGAAACGGCCCCUCCAGUGGGGAUGCAGCGGCCACACCAGCAGUCUCUCCCAAAAAAAAAAAUCGAGGUCCGCGCCGUUCGGCAGCAGGAGGCGCGCUGCGCGAAAGCUGAAUCAAAGCAAAACGAAGUUUGAAGAGAGGACGGGGCAGUUGUGGUUGCCGCGUCAGCAGAAGAUAACACGCGGCGCGCUAUCGAACGCGGCAGCCUCACCGUUGUAGAGAGAAGGCUGGAGGAAACGAAGGAGGAGUUGGUCAAAAGUAAGAAAAUUGUGGAAGAGAGCCAGGCUCAACCUCGCUGCCGCCGCCGCCGCCGCCGCCGCCGCCGCUGCUGCUGCUGCUGUUUUUUUCAGCAGCAGCAGCGGCGGCGGCAGGUGUCUGCGUGGCUUCACCGCCCGGCUGCUGCUCGGGUGUGUCAUGAGGCAUGUGUUCUAGAGUGGGACCGUGCAAAGGUGUUGUGUUGUGUCCCACAGCAAUGCACAUCAGAGCACACACACGAGCGGCGCCCUCGCGCGUGCGCGUCAGGUGUUUUUAGGGAGCUUUCGGACCGUUCCGUGCAAUUUUAUUGGUCAGUCGAUUUCCAUCAGGAAGAUCCGAGGUCACUUUUUCAAAUUUUUCCUAUAGGAAAUUUGCUGCUUUGAC